UUUUGAUCGAAACAUUAAUGACAAUUGAAUUAGCUUGAUUUUUACAGUUAUUGUUUGUUUGUUGUUUGGUCACAUUUUUCUCUUUUUUUCUCCAAAUUUUGUUGACAUCAUGGCCAAUUUACAUUAUCGAAGAUCGGCAAAAUUAUUAUCCAACGAUAUUUCAGAUGAUUAUGAUGAUGAUGAUUAUGAUGCGAAUGAUAACGAUGAUGAACGUCAAAAUUUGAUUGAUAAAACAGAACAGUAUUCCGUUGACAAUGAAAAAUAUGAAAAAUCCAAUCGAUUCAAUGAUCAUAUACCAUGGAAAGGUAUUCUAUUGGCAUUUACGCUUACAUUGAUUGGCAUUAUUAUUGUUAUUGUUUUUAUUUGUUCACAAAUGGGUUGGAUUGCAUUCCGUCCGGAUGAUAAUUUUACAUUUUUAACAUUGGCUUUUAUAACAUUAGUACCGGGUCUUUAUCAUUCCAUAAUUGCAUUUCGUGCAUAUCGUGGUUAUGAUGGUUAUAGUUUUGAUGAUAUUGCCGAUCUAAAUUGAUCUUUUGUAACAUUUUUUUUGUAAUUUUAAUGAUAUGUCAUAGCAAAAAACAAAUGAGAAAAUUUAAAAAAUAAAAAUAAUAACAAACAACGAAAUUAUAAUUUAAACAGAAAUUAAAUUUGAAAACAAAUUAAAAAAUUAAUUAUGUCUAAAUAGUGGGGUUAAAUAUGGCGGCUUUGGAAGAAUUAUCUGAAUGAGUGAGUUUUUUG